CAUAAUCGAUGCGUCAAAUGCUAUCUUGAAAAAGAGACAGGGUGACACACCGUGAGGCAAUAGCGAUUCUGCCAACAGGUCUUCGACCCAAUAUUUCUCUUAUAUCUUACAGGUUCAACGGUGGAGACGUCUCUUUCAUUAUUGUGGCAUCUGCCAUGGUAUUUUUCAUGAUACCUGGUCUCUCUUUUCUGUAUUCUGGAUUAUCCAGAAGAAAGUCCGCAUUGUCGCUUAUCUGGGUGGUUUCUGCUAGCAAUGCAGUCUGUAUCUUUCAGUGGUACUUCUGGGGUUAUUCCUUGGCAUUUUCGCCAACCGCAAACAACGGAUUCAUAGGAAACUUGGCGAACUUUGGCCUGAUAAACGUCCUCAACGAACCUUCCCCAGGUUCCCCUCUAAUUCCUGCGCUAUUGUACGCAUUAUACCAAAUGGAAUUCGCAUGCGUCACAGUAGGAAUACUGGUGGGCGGGAUCGCCGAGCGAGGUCGGGUACUCCCAGCGAUGGUCAUCACAUUCUUUUGGUUGACCUUAGUUUAUUGCCCCAUUGCUUGCUGGGCGUGGAACAUAAACGGCUGGGGUUUUAAAUUCGGUGUUCUUGACUUUGCAGGCGGAGGUCCCGUGGAAAUCGGAAGCGGGGUAGGAGGUCUUGCCUAUGCCUGGGUGCUUGGCCGCAGACAGGACAAGGAGCUCCAGAACUUCAGACCACACAAUGUAUCUAUGGUCAACCUGGGCACCUUUAUCCUCUGGUUUGGUUGGCUAGGUUUCAACGGUGGGAGUGCUUUUGGUGCAAACCUGCGUGCCGUCAUGGCCAUGUGGAACUCUAUGAUCGCUGCUACAUUUGGCGGUAUCGUUUGGUGUCUCAUCGACUACCGCCUAGAACGGAAGUAUAGUAUGGUCGGAUUCUGUUCGGGCACCAUCGCUGGUCUCGUUGCGGCCACGCCUGCUGCAGGAUUCGUCAAGCCCUGGGCGGCAGUCAUUAUGGGCAUUUUUACCGGCGCUAUAUGUAACUACGCAACUAAAUUGAAGUUCCUUCUCGCAAUAGAUGAUUCACUUGAUCUUUUUGCCGAGCACGCUAUCGGCGGGAUCUUGGGUCUCAUGACGAACGCAUUUUUUGCUACUGAAGCCGUUAUUGGCCUAGAUGGCGUCAACACGAAUGUCAUUGGCGGCUGGGUCGACCACAAUUGGAAGCAGCUUUACAUUCAGUUCGCCUAUAUCAUCGCGACAUGUUUAUAUACAUUCGUCGUCACUGCUCUGAUUGUCCAUUAUGUCGACACAAUCCCUGGUCUCAGCAUACGCGUACCAGCUGGGAGCGAAUCACUCGGUCUUGACGAGGUCGAGAUCGGUGAAUACGCGAAUGACUACAUCGAAGUAUGGCGUGACGUUAUGGAGCCGACCCUCACGACCACCUUAGAUCCACGUGAAUCAACGCUCGACACGAUCACCUGUGCUGUCGGACGCAGCCAAGCAGUUUCGCAAGAAAUUUCAGCGUGCAAUUUCCAAGUUCACGAUGGUUUGCACGUUCGUGAAUCGGAUGUGGGUGAGAAGCCCGUUGAGCUGGAAGUACUGCAAGGGCGGCGCGGGGCCAGAAUAUCCGUGAUUGCAUGAUGGUGUGGGCUUGUUCACUGAGUGACCAUAUCCCUGAUUUCCCUUGGCAUCUCCUUUUUAUCACAAGCAUUGUAUGCACUCGCUUUGUCUCCUUUGCCGUAGCCGGGGUCGGUGACCCUAUGACGAAUGAAACUCAUACCUCACGUCACCCUAAAAUAA